AUGUCGAGUUUCCGCCGAAUGAACAAAAGCAUUCCCAGUCAGGUGACCAAACCUGUAUUGGCUGAAAUCAAAGGUGAAAAAGCCAUCGACAAAACCCGUGCUGAAGCCUUGUUGACCAAGUUCAUCAGUACCAGUGAAGCCAUCGCAUCGGCCAUACCCGGCAGCGGUGACGCUGUUGAGUUUUCCGGCACUGGAUUCUCCAACUUUGCCGGAAGCAACCCCAAGCUCGGACAGUUGAAGAGAGUGCAAAGAGAGUUGCGUGGGCUUCCGCCUCUUCUGGCUGAACUUGAAACCGAGUACAAGGAAGAGCCACAGAACAAGAAGAUCACUUUUGGCGACGACGGAGAGCCACAGAAUAAGAAGAUUAAGUUUGACAGCGAAGAGCCUGAGGAGACCGAGCAGCCUGAGCAACCAGAGGACGCUGAGGCCGAUGCUGUAGCUGAGGGUGAAGAGGAGGCACAGGAAUUGGCUGAAGAAGAGGAGGAACAAGAAGAAGCGGCUGCCGAGGUUGCCGAUGUUGAAACUCCAGUUAGCAAAAAGAGACUGCGUGAAGACGACGAAGAGGAGGAGAGCAGCAAGAAGCUGAAGACGGAGAAGCUGGAGAAGAAGGAGAAGAAGGACAAGAAGGAAAAGAAGGAGAAGAAGGACAAGAAGGAGAAGAAGGAAAAGAAAGAGAAGAAGAAGAAGUCCAAGGACGAGUAG